AUGGAAAAUGUGAAAGCGCCGGUGCAAGAAGCUGAUGCUCUUUUCCGUAGUGUCAUCUACAACGCUCGGGAUACUGAAAGGGAAUCAGUGGAGGCGCUGAAGGAAUUGCUCAACAAACAACGAAAUCAGGUGAAUGAACAAAUAAAGGCAGUUGACCGCUUAAUAUUGGACCUGCGUGAUCAAUUUAACAAGCUGCGAGAGGAGAUGAGUAGAGUACCUGACGUUUCCUCGGAACUCGCCAAAAUGGAGAUGUCGAUGCAAGAAUGGGCCAGAGCACGUAAUCAGUCGGUGACUUUGGCCGAGCAACUCGAAGCUGAGACUUUGCCAACCGAGGAACACAUUGACAAGAUGAAGCAACUACGAGGCAGACUUCGUUCCGCCAUUGCUAAACAUCAGCCCGCUGCGGGAGAAAAGGAGAGGGUUAUUAAGAUGUUGGAGGAUCUGGUAAACAAAUCAAUGGCUGCCAUACAGGAGGCACAGGAAGCCUAUGUCGCACGGACGAAGGCUGAGUUGCAGGAGAUGGAGGCAAUGAAGGAGGACAUCAAACGUGAUCUGGACAAACUGGAAAGUGACGUUCAGGGCAUUCACAAUCAAGUGUCAAAGGCUCUGGAUGAGGCACAGGCGCUGACGGAUGCUGUCAAGCGUCUGGGAGAGGAAAUUGAUAAAAUUAAAGAAGACGUAAGUCAAACCUACAGUUCCGCCUUUUGUGGCAUCUGUGUUUUCUUUCAGUUUCCACAUGGUUUUUUUCAAUUUUUCCUCAGGGAAUAA